UUCAUGAACCCCUACUAUCUUUUUCAAGUCACCAUUAAUCAAGCGUGCUACGGAGACGCGUUCGACCUUGUGUUUGUGUAUAUGGCAGUGGACGAGAGAUUUUUUUUUCUAAACGAAUCAUCACCCUUUCGUGACACAUGAACAUGAACUUUCUGAGAUGAUCGGCCCCUGUGAUGACGUGGAGGCCUCCCCACACACAUAUAUUACUGUGAUAAUAGUACCAAAAAAACAAACAAAAAAAAAAGGUAGGACUUAUCGGCCGUAUUAGUUAACUCACACGGCGCCACUUUUAUAAGCGGCUAAAUGAAAUGAGAAAGGGGAGAGCUACCGUACCAAAAAGAACAGAAAGGAGAAAAUCUAAGCUGCUCUUUGCUGCAUUUCUUUGCUUUGCUCACCAGUUCACUGUAGCAUGGAGCAGUCCACGAGCUACUUCAACAUCUCUGUGAUCUUCCUCUCAGUGGCAUCCUUGGCCUUGAGCAUGGAAUCCUUAUUGUUAGAUACUGAAGCCCCAGGCUCUUUUGGCAGCAACAAUGCAUCAAAGGACGGCCAAAUAACUUCGAAGGAUCCUCAUUUUGUAAGAGAUGGCUCCUUGAUAGAUGAGAUCGCUAGGCUGGCUAAUCUUCGACAGACUGUGGACUGGCUCAAGAAGCUGAGGAGGGAGAUCCAUGAGUACCCAGAAUUUGCACAUGAGGAGCUGCAGACAAGUGAGCUCAUCAGACGAGAGCUUGACCUCAUGGGCGUCAAGUAUAGGUGGCCGAUCGCAGGCACUGGCGUAGUGGCCACCGUAGGAAAUGGACUUCCACCCUUUGUAGCACUCAGAGCAGACAUGGAUGCUUUGGCAAUUCAGGAACUAGUUGAAUGGGAGCAUAAAAGCAAAAUAGAUGGAAAAAUGCAUGCAUGUGGACAUGAUGCACAUGUUAGUAUGCUUCUGGGGGCAGCAAAAAUACUGCAGGAUAUCAAGGAAACAUUGCAGGGAACAGCAGUUCUUAUAUUCCAGCCAGCUGAGGAAAGAGGUGUGGGAGCAAUACAGAUGAUUGAAGGAGGAGCACUGAAAGAUGUAGAGGCCAUAUUUAGCAUGCACGUGUCUUAUGCCUAUCCUACUGGGGUUGUUGCUUCCAGGCCUGGUGAAUUUCUAGCUGGAUGUGGAAUGUUUGAAGCAUAUAUUAGUAGAAAAGGAGGUCAUGCAGCAGCACCACAGGACUCAGUUGAUCCUAUCUUGGCAGCAUCUGCAUCAAUAAUUAGCUUACAAAAUCUUAUUUCAAGGGAAGCAGAUCCUCUGGAUUCUCAGGUGGUCUCUGUAACCAACUUCCAUGGAGGUAGCUCAUACAGUACUAUUCCAGAUUCAGUCACAAUUGGUGGGACUUUUAGAGCCUUUACAAAAAAAAGUUUUGAUGUACUAAAACAAAGAAUUGAGGAGGUUAUCAAAGGACAAGUAGCAGUAUAUCGAUGCACAGCAAGGCUCGAAUUCUUUGAGUUGCAGCACCCUCCAAUUCCACCAACUGUAAACAACAAGAGAAUUUAUGAAUAUGUGCGACAAGUAUCCAAAGAAAUUGUAGGAAACAAAAAUACACAGAUGAGUCCACGCGUGAUGGGCAGCGAGGACUUUGCUUUCUAUUUAGAGCAGAUACCUGGGUCCCUGCUAUUCAUUGGGACUAGAAAUGAGAAGAUUGGAUCCAUCCACCCACAACAUAGCCCCUAUUACACUAUCGAUGAGGAUGCACUUCCCAUUGGAGCAGCAAUACACGCAGCUUUCGCACAUGUUUAUCUCCUUCAAUCAACCUACAGUAAUGCACAAUGACCUAACUUUUCUUCUAAUUCUAACAUGUGAGAUAUCUUCAAUUCCUAUCGUAUUUGUAUAAGGUAAUGCAACAGUUCUACACCCAAAAAGGCAUUACUAAAUAUCCUUCUCAUGUCUUUGUUUUGCAUAGAAGCUCACUAUGCUGAGCAAAAAUAUAGUAGCCUACUAAAGAACAAAAUAUUGCAAGUAACAAAGCCUGAUGAUGGCACCAAACAUACUCUUUAUAUGGCUUCAUGUGAAAAGCGAAUAAAUUUUGCU